AUGCAGAGCAACGCGGCGGUUGUAGCGGCGCUGGCGGCGGAGCUUCAGGCCGCCGACUUCUACCCGCCGCUCCUCGCCGACGUCAAGGUGUCGUGGGAGCGUCGUCUCGUCAAGUGUGUCAACAGUAUGGCUGCAGAGCUCGGCCUGCCCCUCGCGCGGCGACGCAGCGAAAAGGAGCGUAGUGCCGUCGCCGACAAGUGGGCAGAGCUGUCGACCAUCGACACAGAUCUGAGCCAAAUCAGGCCAGUUUACGCACCGAAGGACUUCCUCGAAGUCCUGGCCAGCCUCCGCAACCCAAACUACGACGAGUCCUACGAAGAAAACCUAUGGGGAAUGAUUCAGUUACCCAUAAAAGUGCGCGACCACAAGGGGCUGGUGGGGGUGCUGGGGGAGUUGGCCACCUGUUGCCACCACCUGGGACUGGACGAGAACGCUCCUGGGGAGCUGCGUCCACAUCUAACGCUGGGUGCAGAGCGCCUCAUGCUGGCCACGCAGGUGGUGGAACGCAACCACGGGCCGUUGAGCAGAGAGCUCCUGAAGCAUGGCUGUCCCGUUGGGCUGCGUGGGGCUCUGUGGCGGCAGGUGCUCGGCGUCGAAAUCGGCCCCAAGCAAGAGGAGCACUUCGAGCAUCUUCGGCAGCUGGUGCUGGACCACGACCUGCUGGUGGACAGGUUGGUGAUGAAGGACGUGCAACUGACGGCGUCGAACGACGACGAGUACUUCGUCUUCGAGGACCUCCUGCACCAGGUGUUGCUGUGCUUCUCCCGCGACAGUGCUGUGCUCCGCCAUUUUGACCACUCCCCCGCCUCCCCCGCUCUCGCUGCCCCUCAGGGAGCAUCCCCCACCGCAUACACCCUCGUUGCCUACCCCCCAGCGGGGGUCAUUCCCUUCCACGGGUUCGCCAUGUACGCCGCGCCCCUGACGUGCGUGUACGAAGAUCCUAUGCCGCUGUACUUCACAUUCAGGGAGAUGUACUGCAGGUACUGGUCCCUGCUACACGUCAUCAGCAGCCACAGUCAGGGUGCAGCUGCCCUGGCGAUGCAGUUCGAGCAGCUGCUGCAGAGCACAGAGCGGCAGCUCUGGUACCACUGCUCUGCGCUGGGCAUUAACCUGUGCAGCAUCGUGUUCAGGUGGCUGGUGCGUGCGUUCAGCGGGUACCUGCGCCCCGAUCAGCUGCUGCAGCUGUGGGACGCAGUGCUGGCCUACGGCACGCUCGAGGUGUUGCCGGUGCUCGCCCUCGCCAUCGUCUCCUUCAGAAGGCAGAACCUCAUGGACGUCACGGCCCAGCAGGCAGCAGAGGCCGUUUUGGCUGACAUCAGCAACAUACAAGUGGUGGCGCUACUGAAGCUGGCGCUGUCAGGAGACCGCACUCACGACCUCGACACCUGAACACACUAAUGGAAGGACACGACCUCGACACCUGAACACACUAGUGGAAGGACACGACCUCGACACCUGAACACACUAAUGGAAGGACACGACCUCGACACCUGAGCACACCUGUAGGCCGGUCAGC